UCAGGGUACAACGUGACGGUGCUGGUCAGAGACCCCGGCCGGCUGCCCGCCGACCACAAGGCGGCCCGAGUGGUGGUGGGGGACGUCCUGAGCAAGGAGGACGUGAAGAAGACCAUGGAGGGCCAGGAUGCCGUCAUCAUCAUCCUGGGAACCAGGAAUGAUCUCAGUCCGACCACCAUGAUGUCCGAGGGCACCAAGAACAUCCUGGAGGCCAUGAAGUCCCGGGGGAUCCGCAAAGUGGUCGGCUGCAUGUCCGCUUUCCUCCUGUGGGAUCGAUCCAAAGUGCCCCCCCGCCUCCUCCCUGUGACGGAGGACCACGACAGGAUGUACACCGAGCUGAAGACGUCAGGCCUGGACUACGUGGCCGUCAUGCCUCCUCACAUCGCUGGCGACCUCCCUCUGACCCAGAGCUACCUGGUGGCCGAGCAGAUGCUGAAAGGCAGAGCCAUCUCCAAACACGACCUGGGCCACUUCUUUGUCCGGUGUCUGUCCACGGCCGAGUGGGACGGAAAGACGGUGGGAGUUUGGGGGGAGUACAAAUGAUGGCCGACGCCUGUUUAGGUUUUCUUCUGUGUCCACCAGCCAUAUUUUACAUUCAGCCAUCUAGACUGAAAGAAAUAAAGUUUUAAGAAAAAAAAGAAAGGCCUGUUUUUAUUGGUUUUGAGUGGAUUUAACCUGACAAUCUCAUUUAAAUUGUUUAUGGAGAAGCAUCUUCUGAAUAGAGCCGUUAUAUUCUGAGAUUUUUCUUCUUCUCACGUCUCAGAGGAAAGAGUUUAAAAGGAGUUGUGCUCAUUAGCACAGCUGCUUUUGCCAAGAGGUCUUUAAAUUAAACAAAAAGCUCUUUCUUAUUGG